AUUUCAGAAAUCUAAUUACCACCAACUCAUCAAAAACCCCAAACCGAUUUGCAUUGACCCUCUUUCUUCCUAUCUCAGAUCUUCCCCUCUCUGUCUAUCUCCCAAUCUUGCAUUAAUACCUUUCUCCGUGUAGAUUAGGGUUUUAUUUGAUUGCUUUGCUGAAUGAUCCAACAAAAAAAAAAAACCAAAAAAAGAAGAAACAAAUGCUCUUCAAUUUUCUGCUCAGGCAAUUAAUUGGGGUCGCGAUCUCUAAAAUCAAUAUACUAACUCCUUCAGAUUUCCAAAUUUGCAUCAGUGCGUGACUUUUUCUCUUGUUGUUGUCAAGAAGAAAAACAUACCUAUGACGGUGGGCUCUGAGAGCUCAGCUGAGACCUCUCCUGCAUCAACUGAUGCGCCGCCGCUGAAGAAAUUCGGAGUAACAAGGCCUUUGUCUCUGAGUGGGCCAUCCGAGGCAGAUCUUCAUAGAAACGCAGCACUCGAAAAGUUUCUGAGGGAUUCAGAGCUGUACGAGAGUGAUGAAGAAACUGGAAAGAGAGAGGAGGUGCUGUGCCGACUUGACCAGAUUGUGAAGCUCUGGGUAAAGCAAUUGACCCGCCAGCGAGGUUACUCUGAUCAAAUGGUGGAAGAUGCAAAUGCUAUUAUAUUAACUUUUGGCUCCUAUCAGUUAGGUGUUCAUGGACCUGGAGCUGAUAUUGACACAUUAUGCAUUGGGCCAUCUUAUAUUAGUCGAGACGAAGAUUUUUUCAUUAUUCUGCGAGAUAUUUUAGUUGAAAUGGAAGAAGUUACUGAACUUCAACCUGUUCCUGAGGCUCAUGUUCCUGUUAUGAAAUUCAAAUUUCAAGGAACAUCAAUUGACCUCCUAUAUGCAAGCAUUUCCCAAAUAGUCGUCCCACAAGAUUUUGACAUCUCUGACCGUUCUGUGCUGUACAAUGUUGAUGAGCCAACAGUCCGAAGCCUCAAUGGGUGUAGGGUUGCGGAUCAGAUUCUGAAACUAGUUCCCAAUGCUGAGCACUUCCGGACGACACUUAGAUGCUUGAAAUUUUGGGCAAAAAGGCGUGGCGUCUACUCAAACGUCACUGGAUUUCUUGGUGGUGUGAAUUGGGCUCUUUUAGUUGCUCGUGUUUGCCAGUUUUAUCCCAAUGCAGUCCCUAGUAUGCUGGUUUCACGAUUCUUUAGAGUUUAUACACAGUGGCGCUGGCCGAAUCCGGUUAUGCUAUGCCCUAUUGAGGAAGAUGAACUUGGAUUUCUUGUUUGGGAUCCUCGCAAGAAUCCUAAAGAUCGAACUCAUCAUAUGCCAAUAAUUACCCCUGCAUACCCUUGCAUGAAUUCUAGUUACAAUGUUUCACCAAGUACCCUUCGUGUUAUGAUGGACCAAUUUGAAUUUGGUAACAAGAUUUGUGAGGAGAUUGAGUUGAACAAGUCGCAAUGGGUAUCUCUUUUUGAGCCUUAUUUUUUCUUUGAGGUGUACAAAAACUAUCUUCAGGUUGACAUUAUUGCAGCAGACAAUUAUGAUUUACUGGCAUGGAAAGGAUGGGUUGAAUCACGUCUCAGGCAACUAACACUUAAGAUUGAGCGUGACACAAAUGGGAUGUUGCAAUGCCAUCCUUACCCAAAUGAAUUUGUGGAUACAUCUAAGCCUUGCCCACAUUGUGCAUUUUUCAUGGGCCUUCAGAGGAAAGAAGGAGUGCAAGUGCAGGAAGGGCAGCAGUUUGAUAUUCGUGGAACUGUUGAUGAGUUCAAACAAGACAUAAGCAUGUAUUCUUAUUGGAGACCAGGGAUGGAUAUAUUUGUCUCUCAUGUACGUAGAAAGCAAAUUCCUGUUUAUGUCUUUCCUGAAGGGUAUAAGAGACAACGACUGCCCAGGACCCCACAACACUGUACUACACCCACUCCUGAGAAGGAAAUCAAAGACUGCAUGUCUUCUGAAGACAGGCUUCCCAAAAGGAAGCACAAUAACGAAAUGAAUGAUGUGCAAUCUAACAAACUUGGGAAGCAAAUGUCUGUUAGUCCACAGCGGAUAGGCUCAGAUUCUCCUGCUUCUGCUGGAUUAUCUCCAAUGUUGGACAUUUGCAAGGAGUCACAACUGGAGCAUAUGAGCACUGUUGAUGUAUUGAGAAGUGGGUUGUCUGGUAGUUUAAAUGGACAAUUUGAGAACACGGGUGCAUGGGUUUGUGCCGAGAGUGUACUGUCAUAUUCCAAGAUCUGUAUCAAUAGUGAGGGUAAUGUAAGCUUAGGGGAGCAAAUUGCACAGCCAGGGGAUGAAUGUCUAGAUGAAAGCGGAGUACUGGGGAGUGCCUUGCCUGAUAAACCGAAAUUGCAGGUGAAGUAUAGAAGUUUUUGUUUCCUUUCAAUGAAUACAUCACCAUCCUUGUACUUCUGUAAACCAAAACUUUUUUGUCAUUAUGUGCUUUUCCAUGUCAGUUUUCAUUCACAUCUUCUUUUUGUUAGGAUCUUUCUGACUACUGAAGAGCUGGAAUGUUGUUGAUAUAAUUCAGGAUAUUCUUGAAGUUGGGUUCUUAAAAUUUCCAAACAUUGCACCCACAAGGGUAAUUGGGUCAUCAAGAGACAAUGCAAGCCCAGAAACUGCACAGGAGCCAGCGAUAAGGUUGAGUCUGGAAUCAACUGCGUGAGGGAGUGGCGAUAAUGUUCGUUAACAAAGUUCGUGAGGGCAUCCAAUGGAAAAGUUUUCUUUAUUUGGAUAUGUUGAUGAAGACUUCUCUCUUGUACCUUUCUUUGCAAGUUCUGGUUGGAAGCAGGGGCUAAGAAGUUCUGCAAGAAUGGAAACUUGUGCAUUUUGUACAAUGGAACUGACAGUGCCUUAGUUGGUGGGAGGUUUGAUCUGUGUGGUUCUACCUGUUGGCUUAUCAUCAAAAAAGGAGCAAAACAAGAAAAAGGAAAAAGAAAAAGCAAUGGCACAAUUGUGUAGGAAAUUUGAAAAUUUUCGUUUUAGUACUCUUUGGGGUUGGGAGUGGGCUGGCUUUAACUGGGUUGUAGUGCUUUAGCAAUGGUUCAUGAGACUUAUUGCCUUUUAUGUAUAACUUUCUUCUUUGUGAUCAUAUAUAUUAACAUAUAGCUAGACCUCUAACUACCUUUACGGCUCUACUAAUGCUAUGUUUGGUAACGAAACCAAUUUUAAACUAAUGGCCAAUUGAAAGACUGGAUUUCCCAUCAUAAUUUGAGUCGACUCAUGCCGGUGUUGGUACUUG